AUGGCUGAUAUGGACGUCGACGUUGAAAAUCUCGCGGUUGCUACCGCAAAGGACCAGGAGGAGAAGAAGCGUUUUGAGGUGAAGAAGUGGAACGCUGUUGCGCUUUGGGCAUGGGACAUCGUGGUGGACAACUGUGCCAUCUGCAGGAACCACAUCAUGGAUCUUUGUAUUGACUGUCAAGCAAACCAGGUGUCGGCCACCAGCGAGGAGUGCAACGCUGCGUGGGGUAUCUGCAACCAUGCGUUCCACUUUCAUUGCAUCUCUCGUUGGCUGAAGACGAGGAACGUCUGUCCCUUAGACAACCGGGAGUGGGAGUUGCAAAAGUAA